AUGGAUGUACCUCCAGCGCUGGGUUGGGUGAGCGGAUUUGAACCGUGGGAAAUUACUAGAGAACACUUCCCUUGCAAAGUAGGUGGUAUGCCAGCAUGGCUUUCGCUAAAUUUGCCAUCACAGACCGAAUUUCUGUGUAAUGAAUGCGGAAAUGUGUUGACAUUUUGCCUGCAAUUGUAUGCGCCAGAUGAUCGCUAUGAUCAUGCAUUCCAUCGCAGUCUCUACUUUUUUAUCUGUCAACCCUGUGGUAAUAAUUUUGCCAUCAUUCGCAACCAAUUGCCUAGGGAUAAUCAGUUCUUUGGUUACAACCCCCUUGAAUUUGGUGUAACCCUAGAUUCCACCAAAGAAAUUCGCGGUUGCUGUGCUGAUUGUGGGCUACCAUGUCACUCUACUCAAAGUAAUAAAUCUCUCGGCAAAGUAGCUGAUAAUAUAAGCAGAGAAUCUACUUUGAUAGAUUCUUUGCCUAAUGGUACUAGCUUACAUAAAAGGUGCGAAAUAGCCCGAACACAUAAAACGUUAAAAACAACAUUCCCUGAGUAUGUAAUCAACAUAACUACACUAGAUGAGGUAAAAGAUGAUUAUUCGCAUGAGCAUCAAUUGUAUCAAAAGUAUUUGUCAAUCAAUGGCCAAGAUAUACCAGUAUCCACUAAUAAAAUUGCAGAAUCACCGGAGUCUGAUAUAUGUUUUACCCAACCAACAUCUGAAAACAAUAUACGAUCUGUUAGUAGCGUUUUUGUGGAAAAAAAUGUAGAAAUGGAGGAUUACGAGGAGACAUACGAUGCCAUUGAGGAACAAAAAUACAAUAUGUUCGGAAAUGACACUUCAUAUGAUCGAUUUUGUCAAAUCACUGGUCACCAAGAUGUAAUCUAUUAUGAGCGCCAUGGCAACCCAUUAUGGGUUAGCAAUAGGAAUAGGAAAUUAGGCGAUGAAAUAAUGGACUGGGAGCCGCCAAAAUGCAGCCAUUGUGGUGGAAAUCGCAGCUUUGAAUUCCAAAUUCUUCCACAAUUAUUGUACUAUUUGGACAAUGAGAGAGUAGAUUUUAGUUCAAUUGCAGUAUAUACAUGUGCCAAUUCAUGCGCAAUAGAUGGUUAUGUAAGGGAAUUUGUUAGACCAGAAUAUGAGCCACAAGUAAAGCUAAACGGUGCGUGGAAGGGUAUAUGUUAA